ACGUGCAUACGAAAUGGUACAAGUAGUGCCAAGCACGAACCCUAGUUGACUUCUUCUAUGAUUCCACGAACUCCAUCGCAUGUCUGGCUCUCCUGUGUGUAUACAUACUGAUCUUCGUUCGAUCAUGCAGGAUGCGAAACAUUGCAUGCAUCGUCGUCUCCAGCUCCGGUGACCGACGGAUUGAUCAGAUGCAGAAGGGUGGGGGUGGCGCGUCGUCGUCGGCGGUGGUGGUGAGGAUGGGGCCGUGCGGCGGCGACGGUGGCGGUGCGAGGGACAUGGACAUGCGCGGCGUGGGUCGCGUGGUGAGGGUGGCCGUCCGGCACGGCGCCGCCGUGGACGCCAUGUCCGUCCUGUACGAGCGCAACGGCCACGAGGAGUGGACCGACCUGUGGGGCGGCCCUGGUGGCACACUUUCCGAGAUAAGCUUGCAGCCGGGCGAGUACUUGACGAGCGUGGCGGGGCACUACGGCCGACUAGACGGCGACCUCGUCGUCAGGUCGCUCACCUUCGUCAGCAACAUGCGGGCGUACGGCCCGUUCGGCCAUGAGGACGGCGUCGCGUUCGACCUCCCGGCCGGCGGCGGCGGCGGCGGCAAGAUCCUCGGCUUCCACGCGCGCUCCAGUCGCCGUCUCGACGCGGUUGGCACCUACGUCAAGAUCGGAUAGAUGACGACCACCCUGGCGUCACAGCUGAGCAGAUCUAUCUAAGUUCUCCCCUCUAUAACAAUUUUUAGUUUUUAAAAUUUAUUUUAAAAUAUAAUUAACUUAUUCACUAACGAUCUCUUUCUAAUCAAUUGUAACUCUACACCAUUCAAUGUUACGGGCUAUCUACAUUUCUCAUCCAA